AUCUGAUUUAUUAAUUUUUGUAUUUUGCCUUUUACCUAACAUUAUACACUUCUCGAAUCUCUAUAUCAUUCUGGUAAGAAUAAAUAUUUAUUAUAAAAAAGCCGUAAAUUUAAAAACAAACUAGUAACGUAAAGUGACGAGCACAAAAGGAGUCGCAUCGGCGUGAGUCGUAGACGUGUGGGGGGAAAAACUCACAUCAAGGCAGACGCUGUAGAAGCCGUUUCAGUGUGACAGAUCGCCCGGUGAAUCGGUGAUCCAAAACAUAAAAGCUUAACAGCAGCAGAAAAAGCACGCAGACACCGUUGAAGCACGUUGCUAGUUUCGAUUCGGCGUUGUCAUUUUUUGUUGUUAAUUAAAUGCCAUUUACUUUGGGGAAUCCGUAACAUAUAAUAACAACACCUAUAAGGUUACAUUUUAUUUGUACCUCAAUGAGCGUGUAUAACAGAUUGUUUAUUGAAUAAUAUUGAAUAACUAAAUCAAAUUACUGCAGAAAGAUAUAACACUAGUGUUUUUGAGUGAUACAAAAUGGCAUCUGCCCCAGUCAAGAGGUAUAGAAGAGAAGUAGAAGAAAAAGAAGGGUCAGAAUCGGACGAUGAAUAUGUCCCUUAUGUACCAGUAAAAAAAAGAAAAGAACUGCAGCUUAUGAAAUUAGGAAGGCUUAGCCAACUGAAAGAAGAAUCGCACGGAACUGGGAAGAGCAGUAGUGAAAACGAAAAAGACGACGAAGAUGAAAAUUUAUGGGGGAGAAAGUCCAAUAUAUCGUUAUUAGAUCAACAUACAGAACUCAAAAAAAUGGCCGAAGCCAAAAAAGAAAGUGCUAUGGAAAAAAGAUUGAAAGAAGAAGAAAAAAUUUUGGAGAGUGUAGCAGAAAACAAAGCUUUGAUGGGAGUUGCUGAAUUAGCUAAGGGAAUAGAAUAUACAGAUCCAAUAAAAACAAGUUGGAAACCACCUAGAUGCAUUUUGAAUCUUUCAGAAGAAAGACAUGAUAGAAUUCGAAAAAAAUUUGGUAUCGCUGUUGAAGGUGAAGAUGUUCCAGUGCCACUACGAACCUUUAAGGAAAUGAAAUUCCACAAAGGAAUUUUAAUGGGUUUAAAGGAAAAGGCUAUAAAAUUGCCCACACCAAUCCAGAUUCAAGGAAUCCCGGCUGUGCUUUCAGGCAGAGAUAUCAUAGGCAUUGCUUUCACUGGCAGUGGUAAAACUCUUGUUUUUGUUUUACCUAUUAUUCAGUUUUCUCUUGAGCAAGAAAUUGGUUUUCCUUUUAUUAGAGGCGAGGGACCAUAUGGUUUAAUUAUUUGUCCAUCAAGAGAAUUGGCAAAACAAACUCAUGAUACUAUCAAACACUAUACAAAACAUUUAAGGAAAGUUGGUUGCCCAGAAAUAAGAUCAUGUCUAGCAAUUGGUGGAGUACCAGUAUCAGAAUCUUUGGAAACAAUUAAGAGAGGUGUACACAUUAUGGUGGCUACAACGGGUCGCCUUAUGGAUAUGCUAGAGAAAAAACAGGUGACAUUGGAUGUUUGUAGAUACUUGUGCAUGGAUGAAGCUGAUAGAAUGAUCGAUAUGGGUUUUGAAGAAGAUGUCCGUACAAUAUUUUCCUUUUUUAAGGGCCAGAGGCAAACCUUACUAUUUUCAGCCACCAUGCCAAAGAAAAUACAAAAUUUUGCCAGAUCUGCCCUUGUAAAGCCAGUGACCAUAAAUGUUGGUCGAGCUGGAGCAGCAUCUAUGAAUGUUAUUCAAGAAGUUGAAUAUGUUAAGGAAGAAGCAAAAAUCGUGUAUUUGUUGGAGUGUUUAAAGAAAACACCACCACAAGUUCUUAUAUUUGCUGAAAAGAAACGAGACGUUGAUGCUAUUCAUGAAUAUCUCUUGCUCAAAGGAGUUGAAGCUGUUGCUAUUCACGGUGGAAAAGAUCAAGAGGAAAGAUCUAGAUCAGUAGAAGCCUUUCGAGCUCGAAAAAAAGAUGUUUUGGUAGCUACUGAUGUAGCUUCAAAAGGUCUCGAUUUUGCCAAUAUACAACAUGUUAUCAAUUACGACAUGCCAGACGAUGUUGAAAAUUAUGUUCAUAGAAUCGGCAGAACAGGACGUUCGAGUCAAACUGGAAUUGCUACAACAUUUAUCAACAAGUCUAACGAUGAAUCAAUUCUUCUUGACUUAAAGCAUUUGUUGCGCGAGGCAAAACAAAAAAUUCCUCCUUUCUUACUGGAAAUUUAUUCGGAAAACGAGAAAUAUCUCAAUGUUGGAGACGAACAAGGUUGCAGUUACUGCGGUGGUCUUGGUCACAGAAUCACAGAAUGUCCGAAAUUGGAAGCAAUUCAAAGCAAACAAGCUUCAAACAUCGGGCGAAGAGAUUAUUUGGCUAAUAAUGCAGCAGACUAUUAAGAAAUUUUUUGUUUCAGAAAGUUCUAAAAUAGCCAGCAUGUACAAAUGUAUAUAUUAAAAUAAAGAAAUAGUUUUUAACUAACUAUAAAUAUUUUUU